UAUUUCAAAAAUCUAGACCAAUAAAUACCCCAUUUUUAAAAACAUAUUAUUAUCGAAAUGCAUAUUAUUUAUCUUAUGAGCAAAUUGAAGAAAUUAGGAGGCUCAAGAACAAAGUUCCUAUAUAUAAAGUGAUUGGAGGAAAUUAUAGGCACACUCUAGAAACUCCUAUCGACACUUCAAAUAAGCAGGUUAAGAAAAAAAAAUUGAGACCUAAAUUGGUUCAAAUUUUUGACUCACCUAAUGUUAUUAAUAAGGGUGAUAUAUCCAAUGAUCUGAUAAAAAAUGAAAUUACUGAAGACUGUCACAAAGUAGCUAUUUUAUCAACUGAAGAAUUAUCCUCUAAAGAUGUCUUGGAUUUGUUUAAGAGAACUAAUAGUGAUAUAGAAAAAAUUAGAGAAUCUGGUCGUACUCUUAGGCCUUAG